CACCGAUUUCCAUCAACGCAAGCACAUCUCCAUCUGCACCCCACCCUGACCAACCAGCGCGUGGUCAUCGUACCUGCUCGGCCCGUACGGUACAUAUUGGAAGACAUCAAAAGUUACAUUUGGUUUCGCGCAAUUACGUGCAACCCAGACUUGCUCAUCCCCAGCCGCGGGGUCCUUGGACCGCUGGGUGAGGCUGCUCUGGGCAGCAGCAUCUACGAAUAUCUCACAGCACAGAAUUCCGAUACCAACAUACGAUACCAAUAUACAAUACAUUCAUUCGCCUUUCAUACAAGUCCAUUCCGACUCCUUUUCUCCAUUGCCGACUUCUUCAGCACAAGUGCGAGGCAUUGCAUCAAAUUUGCCGCGUACAUACAUUCACCGUCAACUUCAUAUCCAUCCAACGGGUUGACGAGGUUGAGUAGUCACGUCACGUGAACUGUCUCCUUUUCCCUCCCGUCACUCAUUACUAUUGCUUGUCCAUACCUACGACGAUUAUUGCAAGUACAUCUGAAAUUUGCAAUCAUGCCACCCAAACAACAGGCUAGACGUCCAAAUCCUACUGCGGGACGAAAUCGACACCCACCUCCACCAACAAAUACCCCAACAAUAUUCACAGAAAGAGCAAAGCAGCGUGCACGUAAACGUGUUUGUCCCCAGCCUCUAUGUGAGGGUAACGAUGAAUUCGAGGAUGGCGCUUGUAUAAAGUGUGGUUAUGUUGUCGAUGAUUCUCACAACAUUGUGUCUGAGAUCACAUUUGGGGAGAGUGGUUCAGGAGCAGCUAUAGUCCAAGGAAGUUUUAUUGCUGCCGACCAAGGUGCUUCCCGAAAUACAGCCAUGCCAGGCCAGCGGAGCAGUGGUGGAGGUGGAGGUAGUCAAACGCUCAGUGAUGGUAAAGUCCAAAUAAGCCUCUUUUCGUGCUGCGUGUACUAAGAAUAUUGAAAAUAUAGCCACCAAUCUAAUGAAGUCCCUUGCCACACAGUUGAAGAUUCGAGACACCAUCGUCACUGAUGCUGGUUUGGUCUUCAAAAUGGCUCAGAUUGAAAACUUUAUUCAGGGUCGUCGGGUCGUAGAGGUUGCAGCUGUUUCAUUGUACGUCGCUUGUCGUAGAUGCGCCACCAAAGAUGCUCCAUGUAGGGUUAUGCUUAUCGACUUUUCAGACAAGAUCAAUGUAAGAAGCCUUCUUGUUUCUCAAAUGCUAGUACUUAAUUCUCUUUAGAUCAACGUCUUCAGAUUGGGUCGGGUUUUCACGGAUCUCCUCACAAGCGUUAAUAUCCGUGGCGAGUUAUCGCUUGUUCUCCCCGAGCACUUGAUGCACAAAUUUGCCUCGAGACUCGAAUUUGGUGAUGAUUUGGACAAGGUUGCCGAAUCGGCUAUCAAAUUUGGACAACGCAUGGAUGCGGAUUGGAUCACCAUGGGCAGAAGACCUUCUGGAAUUUGUGGUGCAGCUCUUCUCAUGGCAGCCCGUAUGCACAAUUACCGCCGUACGCUUAACGAGGUUGUCUACGUUGUCAAAAUCACCACUCAAACUCUUCAAAAGCGUCUCGAUGAGUUCAAACGAACUGAAAGUAGUAACAUGACAAUCGCAGAAUGGGAGUCCAGCGAGUUUCUGUCCACUGCCCAUGACCCCCCCUCCUUCUACGAAAAGACUGCCGAAUUUCAAGCUGGAAAGAAGAAGAAGAAGAAGAAGAGAAAGCGCGCUGAACCUCAACCACUUGAAGAAGAGCUAGAAGCCGAGCAGAUGAAGCGCAAAGAGUCUGAGCUUGCCAUUGUUCUAGAAAAGCGACUGGAUGCUGAUGGCUUUGCUAUUCCUGCAAUCCCAAGCUCAUCUAAAUCACGACGACCAAACUUGGGUAGAGGCGAUGAACCCAGCUUGCAAGCCCAAACGGACCUGGUUGACCAAGCAAUUGUCAAUGAAGGGGACCUAGAUGCGCUUGUGAAUACACUUGACGGACGAAUGCGCACCAAGGAGACAGAAAGAGAAAGACAAGAGGAAACUGAGAGAAAUGAGGAAGCUCGCAAGUCCAAAUUCGCCCCCUCUACUCGAGGCACUCCGUCCAAAUCCACUUCGGGUCUCCGAGAAGGGACUGUAGACGGAAUCAACAGCCUCAUGUCACAAAUUCUUAUGGAUCCGUACUCUAUCGAGGGAGCUAUGCAUCAUGCUGAAGCAGAGGAGCGUGUUAAGAAACGCAUGAUUCUUGCUAGAGAGAAUGAAAAACACGUCAACAUGGAUGUUGAAAUUGGUGAAGACGAAUUCGCGGACGACCCAGAUGUGCAGGGCUGUUUAGUAUCUGACGAGGAUUUUGCAAAGAAAGAGCAAGUCUGGCUUAAUAGCAACAAGUCAUAUCUCUUAAGAGAGCAGAGGAAGAAACACGAGGCGGAACUGGCUGCGCGCAACCCACCGAUUAAACGAAGAAAUCGAGUCCCGAAGCCUAGAAUUGGUGAGGGCCAAACCAAACCAGCCGAUUCGCCUGCAGCUGCAGCACAGGCUGUUGCGGAAAACCGAGGUUUCUCCAAGAGACUGGACUAUACCAAGGUUCCCGGCAUGUGGAGUCAUGGUCGUCGGGCUGGAAGUGUUUUGGGCAGCCGAGCUGGAAGCAUUCUCGGUUCUGGUUCCGAGCGAAGCGACAGCGUGCAACCUACCGUAGAACCUCGCCGAGAGGGUACUUCAGCCUUGUCUCGAGCACAGAACGAAGAGGCAACUGCACCUGAAAGUGUAGCUGAUGAGUCGGAUUUUGGUAGUCGUGAUAGUCCUGCUCGCACCAGUCCGGUCAAGAAUAGUCCUGAGCCAAAUAAUGAAGAUGCAGAAGUGUCAGACAGUGAGGAGGAGGAGAUUGCAGAAGAGAUCGAUGAAUUUCAGGAUGCUGGCUACGACAAUGAUUCCCUUCCAGACAUCGAUGUUGAUGGAGACGGUGGCGAUUCUGAUGUUGCUGAUUAUGACUAAGAAGGGUGGUGUUUUAGAUGGCAGGGGAUUGGGAUGAAUUGCAUAAUCGGCGUACUGUAAGAUACCUGGUCAUUUGUACUAUUCCGGAGGCGUUUCUUAAGAUUUCCAGGCGGGAACAUAUAGACUACUGUAAUGGCGGUUUGUGCCUCAAGCAGCUAGUGGCUGCUUAGAUAGGCACAGCGACAAGAUGACUGCUUAGAUAGGCAUAGCAAUAAAAUGUGAAUCUUGAUCACCA